UUCCACGACCCCGACGACCAGGUCAUCGGCCUGGCAGACGAAACCGAUAUUCAGCACGACCCCGAGACGGAAAUAGUCGAGAUUGACCCCGACGAGGCCGCGGUCCGCGCAUACUUCGCCGACUCACGACGCAGCCAGCUCGAAGCGCUCCCCGAGCCCACCAGGCGCGACUUGCAACGCGAGGAACAGAUCUGGGACGAACCCGAAGAAGACCUGGCCUCGCCGGACGACCCGGUACGGGUGUACCUCCGCGAAAUCGGACGCAUUCCGCUCAUCGCCGCCAAGCAGGAGAAAUACCUGGCGCGCCGUAUCGACGAGAUGGCGCACCUGCAC